AUGCUAAUGUACACCAUCCUUAUACCAAGCCUUUUAUACAUUGCUUUGACAAUCGCAUCAUCCGAGUUAUUGAAUUCCAUACAGGGAACAUGGCAAAGUCAAAGUGAACGAGUAAUUACUGGACCAACUUUUUUUGAUCCCCAGAAGGAAUUGCUAGAAGAACCUAAGCUACCAGGUAUAUCAUAUUCAUUUAAAAAUGGAUACUGGGAACUGGCACAAUAUAUUGUCAUGGGGAAUAAUAGAAACCACCAAUGUCCUCAAGCAAUGUUAAUUUGGCAACAUGGGAAAUAUAAUUUAAAACGAGGAAAACUUGUGCUUAUUCCCAAUAGAAAUGACGGUCGACAAUUAAUCAGCGAUCCUUGUUUGGAUAAUGGUAAAUCUGAAUAUAAAAGGUUUCAUAACGGAGAAACAUUAGAAGUUGAUAUUAGAUUUGAUGGAUAUUUUGGUAAUUGGAAGUUGGUUUUGGUAGAUUAUCUUACAGGUAAAAAGAAGCAACCAAUGUGGUUGACACUGAGAAAUGCCACAAUGUUGCCCACAGGAACCAUAACCUCUACAAAGAGGAAAUAUGUUAAAAAAGAGUAG